AUGUCAAGAAUGCUAGCACGCCGUCAGAAAUUGACUGCCAUUCACGAUAUAUGUGGUGCAUGGGCGGGCCUUGGCUCUGCACUCAGUAGUAUUUGGCGACAAAUUGAAAUCCCUACUUCAUGGUGGGCGAUUUCUGCCGUGACUGCCUACCUUGCAAGCAUUUCCGUGCUGCAUAUCACCUCUUCCACUCUGCUGCAAUUUCAAACAUUCAAUACUUCCAUGGCAACUUCGGUGCCAACAAAACGAGGAUGGCCAAAUGAUUGGAUGAAUGUUACUAAUAAUUUGAAUUCGGCACCCAUCAGCGCAUCAUUGCUAGUUGUUGGUCAAUUGCCCGGGCUGGUCUCUGUAGGGUUAUCCAACAAUACAAUCUACGACAUCCCACAAACAAACUCUAUGGCAGGAAACGCAACUGUGAGCGCAACGACGAUAAGCUCAUCUUGCAAAUUACUUCCCAAUAUUACAUACUCUGUGGGUGAUGGCAUGAUCAAUGCAACUUCCUUAAUCGCACAAGAAAUUUUGCUUUUCAUGGGCGCAAGCUACCCCUGGUCAGACCAAGUACAAAUGCUGCCCGUUAACUAUACGAUUCUUUCAGGUGCUUAUUACAAUAUCAGCUCUCCUGAGUCUUUUAUCCCUGGUGUCAUCCUUAUGAUUUCAACGUUAUUGGACAUUGAGCCUUCCGUACAACGAGAGGUUGCCGUGCCGGUAACAUGGGAACUUCCUACUUCUGCGAACCUUUCCAUUGUUGAUCAACAUGUUGUUGAAGUCUAUUUUGUGCAAUGCUUGCUUUCGGCUGUGACUGCAGAAGUUGUGCUUGACAUGCAAACCAACAGUCUGUUGACUCCCAUCUCCGUGUCGCAACCAUCAAUGCAGUGGGACAUUACGCAGUCGAGCCAGUGGACACAUGAUGGCGAUGACUGGCAAACAAUGAUUUCUUAUGCUUUGCGCAGUCCAGUCAGUGGCUUGUAUGAAUUUUACACUGCAACUGGAAUUCUCGUUGGAUAUCCCCCUAGCGUUCUCUCAACCACGGAUGAGUAUAUUAUGUCAUCGAUAGGCUUAAAUCUUUCCGCCGAGUACUCCGUAUAUCGAUCCCAUGGUUAUCCCCUAUCCACUUUCACGUUAAGCCCAGAUAGGCUAGAGACUGUCAUUGCGAAUAUGACUGCACAAUUCAUUUGGACAGCGAACCAAAUUGGCACAUCUAAUGGAGGACUUCAAUUUGGGAGUGGGACAGCCUAUGUUAACAAGCAGAUUAUUUUUCUGCGUCUCAAUAUUAACGUUCUUCCUCUAUUGUUUGCGAUAUCUGCAUCGGUGAUCAUGAUAACGUUGGCUCUAUGCAUGACAAGAGCAUUUGAUGCAUCCAGUGAUAAUCAAGCUGUCAUCCCAAGUACAGGUGCACUGCAACUCUUGUGGCUGGGUUGUCAUUCAGCCCCUGUCAAUGAAUUCCUGAACGACGUGGAACAUCCGACAGAGGACAGCCUGCGCCGCGCUGGCAUGAUAGAUGUUUCUUUUGCAAAGACAAUAUCCGAUGAAAUGGAAGAGUUGAGGGGUUUGACUGAUAGUCUCUCUCGGCAAUAG